AUGCGUCUUUUGCUGUUGACUUCGCUGCUGGCGUUGCUGGAAUGGGAACAGGUGCGUGGUGUGGAUUACUGCUUUAAAACGGAUCCCCUACGUUCGCAGACACUCGAAUUUAGCUCAAAGAGCGUCUAUAAUCGUGUCAGCGGCCACGAUGCCGAGAAAUUCAAUGUUCCCGGGUGCAAGGCUACGAAGAUGUGGAUAUACCACAGACAUGGCACACGCUUGAUGGAAAAAGACGAUAUCGAGAAGGCCAAACGCCUCGGCGAGCUUCGUGAUUUGAUUAAGGGAAACUAUGAUAAAAUGCAGACUAGCCCUGACACGAAUACCUUGUGUGAUGCAGAUCUUGAUGAACUUCAGAAAUGGAGAUGGAACUCAAGCAUUACCGUCGAUCUCGAUGAGCAUCUUACCGAGCAGGGCUACGAAGAUUUGCGCAAUUCUGCUAAACGCUAUCAGUCCUAUUAUCCAGAGUUGUUGCCCAGAACAUACAACAGUACUUAUUAUCGGUUCGGUCAUACUGAUACUCAGCGUACGUACGAGAGUUUCAAGGCUUUUGCUGAUGGUUUAUUUGAUAAUAGCACUGUAGUUUCGUCAAAAAGUUCGAAUGAACUGCUUCGAGCAUACGAUAAUGGCGAAGACUACUUCGACAAAAACUACAAAGGUGAUGGUUCCGAGUUCAUGAAGUUUAUCACAAGGCCAAUCUAUAAAGAUAUGAUUGCAAAUAUUGCCAAGCGCUUGCGCUUCUCUAAGCUAUCCCCUAAAGAUAUUCUUCUUAUGUACAAAAUGUGCCGAUUUGAGCUGGCUUGGAAACCGAAAGAAAACAGUGCCUGGUGUGCCGUCUUUAAGCCUGAGGACGUGACCUUGUUGAAUUAUGCCGAGGAGCUCAAGAAUUACUACGGCUCGGGCUAUGGUUUUAAUGCGAGUGAUAAAUUAAAUUGCCUUGUCGUGCAGGACUUGCUGACGGUUCUCAACAGCACUGUGUCACCAAAUGUGGUCGCUUACUUUGCGCAUUCGCCGGGUCUGCAGAUGCUUCUUGUGUCGCUGGGCAUUGCCAAGGAUAAUGAUACACUACGUGCGGACAACUUCGAAAAGAUGGCAAAUCGUAAAUGGAAAUUAAGUGAGCUCGUUCCAUUUGGGGCCAAUUUUGUGGCCGUGAAAUACAAUUGUAAUGAAGCGGCAGAUAACGUGACUGAGAAGGCUCUGUUCUUCCUGAAUGAGAAACCUGUAGAGUUCAAAUGGUGCAAAAACGGUUUGUGUAACUGGUCGGAUGUUUUGAAACGCUACAAACACUUUUCGGAUGGCAAUUGUAAGGAAUUAUAUUCAAUGCGUCUCUUGCUGUUGACGUCGAUGCUGGCGAUGCUAGAAUGGGGACAGGUGCGUAGCGAGGACGAUUACCAUUCUAAACUUCCGCAGACGCUAUACUUUAAACCCGGCUGUAACGCUACAAAGAUGUGGAUUCUUCAAACCUCACCCAUGAUCAGCAAAGAUUACAUCAAUAAGUUUAAACGCUUCGACGAGCUACGCGAUUUGCUUACGAGAUACAACCGUGAAAUGUCUACAAACUCCUCUACGAAUACCUCGUGUGAGGAGGAUCUGAGAUGGAACUCCAACGAUAUCGAUAAGUAUGCGGUCAACCAGACUUACGAAGAAAAUCGAAAUUUUGCUAAGCUCUAUCAGAGCAAUUUUCCCCAGUUGUUGCCCGAAAACUACAACAAUACUUACUACAAGGUGAAUAGUGCAUAG